ACCUGAACCACUGUCCAGCUUCGUCCGUCUCAUUCCCAAGACUCGUCUAUAUAAUACACCAUGUCGGACACUUCAGUACUAGCUGUGCCCGAUGCCGCCAUCACCCCAUCAACAACCACCGCACCUGCAGAGGAGAAUACUAGCAAGUCUACUCUCUUUGUCCGUGGACUUCCCUAUGAGGCAACAAGCGCUCAGUUGGAGGCAUUCUUCUCAGAGGUCGGACCUGUGCGAUCAUGCUUCGUAGUCCUGGAUCGAAGCGCGGAGCAGGCUGCUGCAGAGUCGCCCGAGGGCGAGGAUAACAAGACAGGAAUUGCUGCGGCUGCUGCCGCCGCUGCCAAGGGACCAUCCAAGAACAAGGGAUAUGGUUUCGUGCAGUUUGUCCUGCCAGAUGAUGCAGACAAGGCUAUCAAUGAAUUGCGUAGUGUGAAGUUCUUGAAGCAGAGACCUUUGAUCAUGGAGAAGGCCGUUAAGAAAUCCCAUGAUGGGGAAGAUAAGCCAAAGAGAGAACUCAAGCCCAAACCCAAGUCUAAGAGCGACAAACCCAAGAAGACCAAGGAAGCUGCUAAUUCUUCGGAGGAACCCAAGGAGAAAAAUUAUUCAUUCCAGACGGUUGCGCUGAAGGGACUGGGCAAGGAUAUUACAAAGAAGCACAUUUACAAGAGGGUUCGCAAGGUGGGAGAUGUCAAGGAUGUCAUUUAUCCAGUUAUUAUUAAAGCUUCGGAGGGCGCAGCAGCGGAAGAGAAAAACGAAGAGAAAACUGAAGAAGGAACAGCUCAUGUUAUCUACAGCACGGCUGCGUUGGCUGCCUCAGCAGUCCAGGCACUGGAUGGACACAUUUUUAAAGGCUGUGCGCUUCAUGCCACAUUGCUCGCCUCGCCCUCAGUAUACAAACGCUGCCGAUUGAUUGUUCGCAACUUGCCAUGGAAGUACAGGGAAUCAGAACUGCGCGCACUCUUCACAAAGUUCGGCACGGUCCAUGAUGUCAAUCUGCCCCGCAAGUACGAGGGCGGGCCCUUGCGAGGAUUCGGAUUCGUUCAAAUGGAAAAUCUGGAUGCGACUGAAAAAGCUGUUGCGGCCCUGAACGGAACUGAGCAUCACGGCCGUGUUAUCGCUGUUGAUUGGGCUUUGGCCAAGGACCGUUUCGAGGAGGCUGAGGCCCAGUCUCGGACAGGAGAGACAUCGGCAGCAGUCGCAGCAGCACCGGAGGUGCAAGAUCAGGAUGUCGAAAUGGAGGAGCAGUCUUCUGAUAAUGAGACAGGAGGAAACGAGAAUGGCGACGACGAAGAAGACGAGGACGAGGAUGAGAAGAAUGAGGAGGAGAACGAAGAAGAGGAGAGUGAGGAUGAUGACGACGAAGAACUGAACCUGGAUCAUUUGAAGGACGAUGAGGAGGAGGACGCUGAGGACUCUGAUGAAGAGAUGGAUGCGGAGGAGGAGGACGCCGCAGCUUUGGCAGCACUCGAUGCAGAAGAAGCCGAGGAAAAGGAACAGAAAAAGAUGGCCCUUCCUGAUCCAAGUGAAGGAACAACUCUGUUCGUCCGCAAUCUGGAUUUUGAAGCCACCAAGGACGAUCUCUUUGAGCUGUUUCGUCACUGGGGAAAGAUCCGCUACUGCCGUGUGACAAUGGACCAUGACACUGGGCGCUCUCGAGGAACAGGAUUUGUCUGCUACUUCAAUAAGGGCGCAGCCGACAAUUGCAUGAUUGAGGCUGAGAAGGUUGCUGCCAUUGUCAACCCCAUCCAGGCUGAGAACGACCGGAAGAAGAAGAACAACUUUGUCAAGCAUACAAUUUUGCAGCCAGACCUGCCCGAAGAGCUGGCUGUCAAGUUCACUCUUAAUGGACGUGUUCUGAACGUUGUCCGCGCUGUCGAUAAAACAUCGGCUACAAACCUGCUGGAAGCUGGACAACACAAGCGCGAACGUGAAGACCGCAGAAACCUGUAUCUCAUGCGCGAGGGCGUCAUCUUCCCGGAUUCUCCUGCUGCCGCCGCCAUCCUCCCCAGCGAGCUCUCGAAACGCCAGACCUCAUUCUCGGCCCGUCGUGCGUUGCUCGCCCGCAACCCUUCGCUCUUUAUCUCCAAGACCCGCCUCUCGAUCCGCAACCUACCCUUGAAGAUGGACGAGAAGGAGCUUCGAAAGCUGGGAGUCCAGGCGAUCCAAAAGUUCAAGAACGAGGUCAAGGAGGGCAAGCGAGCCCAUCUUACCAAGGAGGAGCAGGCCGAGGGCUGGGACAAGCGCGUGUUUGUGAAGCAGGCAAAGGUGAUUCGAUCCAAGGAUCGCGUCGAUGCAGCAACGCAGGAAUUGCGGUCCAAGGGUUACGGUUUCUUGGAGUACUCGACUCAUGCCCAUGCCUUGGCUGGUCUUCGGUGGUUGAACAACAACCCGUCGCUGUUUGGUGAGAAGAAGUGUUUGAUUGUCGAGUUCUCGAUCGAAAACGUGAUGGUCAAUAAGCAGAGGUCAGAACGCGAAACUAGGAGAGCGGUCAAACGCAAGAGAGUAGAGGAUGGCGAGGAAGAAAAUGAGGAGCCCGCAGAGGAAGCACAAGAGAAGAAGCGCCCAAGGAGAUCUAUACACGAGGGCGGCGGCCGAGAAGGAGGCCGUGAGUCCAGAGGGGGUUUCCGAGGCGGCAGGGGGCGUGGUGGAAACGACCGCGGUGCGCCCAGAGGCGGCUCUAGAGAUGGAUUCAGAGGAGGCGCCAGGGGUGGAUCUAGCGGCGGCCGAGGCGGGUUCCGUGGUGGUCGCGGAGGCAGUAGUGACCGAGGCGGGUUCCGUGGUGGUCGCGGAGGCGGUAGUGACCGAGGUGGCCGUGGUGGCCGUGGUGGCCGUGGUGGCCGUGGUAGUGGAAGAGGGGGUCGAGGAGGACGCGGCCGAGGACGCGAUUAG